GGGGGUGCCGCUAGGCGCCUGCGCAGUAGUUGCCCGAGUCGGCAGCUGCAGCGGGUCGCACGGCUCCGGCCCAUCUCGGGGGGCGGGCGGGGGAGGCGAAGUGCGCGAGCAGAGCGCGGGGCACGAUGUCCGACGCGGGCGGCGGAAAGAAGCCGCCUGUGGAGCCGCAGGCAGGGCCAGGCCCGGGGCCCGGGCGCUCAGCUGGGGAGAGGGGCCUGCCGGGCUCCUUCCCUCUGGUCCUGAAGAAGCUGAUGGAGAACCCCCCGCGCGAGGCGCGGCUCGAUAAAGAGAAGGGGAAAGAAAAGUUGGAGGAGGAUGAGGCAGCAGCUGCCAGCACCAUGGCCGUCUCUGCCUCCCUCAUGCCUCCUAUCUGGGACAAGACCAUCCCGUACGACGGCGAGUCUUUCCACCUGGAGUACAUGGACCUGGAUGAAUUCCUGCUGGAGAAUGGCAUCCCCGCCAGCCCCACCCACCUGGCCCAGAACCUACUGCUGCCCGUGGCUGAGCUAGAAGGAAAGGAGUCUGCCAGCUCUUCCACAGCAUCCCCACCAUCCUCCUCCACUGCCGUUUUUCAGCCCUCUGAAACCGUGUCCAGCACAGAGUCUUCCCUGGAAAAGGAGAGGGAGACUCCCAGUCCCAUCGACCCCAACUGUGUGGAGGUGGAUGUAAACUUCAAUCCUGACCCUGCUGACCUGGUUCUCUCCAGUGUGCCAGGUGGGGAGCUCUUCAAUCCUCGGAAGCACAAGUUUGCAGAGGAGGACCUGAAGCCGCAGCCUAUGAUCAAAAAGGCCAAGAAGGUCUUUGUCCCCGAUGAGCAAAAGGAUGAAAAGUACUGGACAAGACGCAAGAAGAACAAUGUGGCGGCUAAACGGUCACGGGAUGCCCGGCGCCUGAAAGAGAAUCAGAUCACCAUCCGGGCAGCCUUCCUGGAGAAGGAGAACACAGCCCUGCGGACGGAGGUGGCUGAGCUACGCAAGGAAGUGGGCAAGUGCAAGACCAUCGUGUCCAAGUAUGAGACCAAGUACGGGCCCUUGUAACCCGUGCCUCCUGCCAGGGCAGGGCACUGCCUGCACCUCAGACCUCUGCCUGGGGCUCCCUGAAACCCCUCACGCGCGUGGAGACUUGUGACUCGUCAUGGGCGCAUGGUGGCGCGCCUGCUGCAGGAGCGUCCACGUCUCAGCUUCAUUAUAACACGGCCAGCGCACGUGGCGACUCCCUGGGGGCCAGCCUCCUCACUCGGGAACGCAAGAGUCUACGUCGACGGGUGAAUCGGCCUUAGUUUCUAUUCUUGGAUGCCCCAGUUGAAUCGGAAGGGGACCUCUGGAGUACACAUCUCUCCUCUUACAGGGCACUCAGGCUUUCCUUGACUCUCCCUCCGUCUCCAGCCUGGGCUGCCGAGGGCUGUCUCUGCAGAAUGAGUUGUGAUCGUUGUCACCCUUCUGUCUUCUCAGGUAGCAGGGCGCAUUUCCACUCGGGGUGUGUUUGUCAUGCACCUCACCCUUUCCAGAAGGUCUUUGAGAGAAACAUCCCUUCCUGUCUUCCUUGGAGAUAGAAGGACACACCAGCUCCUCCUUUAGCGUCUGCAUGGGUGGCAGGCCACAGGAGCGGGGUCUUAUCCCAGCCUGGGUUGGGGUUUGGAUCUGGGCCUGCAGCAGAAGUGCACCUAACUUUUCUUAAUUCCCACACCCUCUUUCCCUUGUGACUUUGAGCCCUGAGGUCUGGAAACAAGGGAGGGGGCCUUAGUGAUCGGCUCUCUCUGUGCUUCAUCUGCGGUGGAGGAGAGAUGCCAAGGCAGUCUCUGAACCUUGACUGCCAGUGAGAGGGAGCUUCUUAUCUCCUCUCCAGGCCACUCAUGGAUGCACCUGGGUCUUGUUUGUCCCGCUAGACUGGAUCUCUGGGCCUGCUGUUUCUUUUCACCCAGUAACCAAUCUCAGAUUGUAAAUUUUAAAGGAAACCCCCUUUAAUCUAGGAAGCUUGAACUUUCUGUACCCCAGGAUGCAGCUUCCUUAUUUAGAAAAUUGGCCUCCACAGCCCCUUCUACUGUGGGCAUGAGAGCUGGAGCAUGUUUCUUGAGAAGCUCCCAUUUUUUCUUGCUCUGCUUACCAGUGUGACCCUUACCAGAGUCCACUCUUCGUGGAGAGAGAGAGGGCUUACCAGGUCUUGGUUCAGGGUCACCAGGGUUACAGACAACUCUCAUGGGAUAGCAGGCUCUUGGGACAUUUACACAGACCUAGAGUCCCCUCAGUCUUGAUCCUGGGAGACAGGAGCCACCUACAUGAGACUGGCCAUGAUGUGGAGGGAUUCUCACAGCUGUGGUUUCCUCUGCCUCCCAGCUACUCUUUUCUCUUGUGUCUGGCUGGACUCAUCCUUUUGCUCUGCCCAGAAAAUUAACUGAGGAAAUUUAUGGAACCCUCUGCCCAUUUGGGUCUGUUGGGGCACCCUCAAGAUGGGUGUGUUUAUUUGCUCAGGGCAGGCAGCCUGUGGUAAAGAGGAGACAGAGGUGAUGGGCGUGCUUUGUCAUACUUAACACUGGCUUUAUUUAAAGUGGUGGCCCCGACUUUUAAGGACUUUUCAUAACAGACCAGGCCGUGGACUACACCCCAGAGGAAUGACACAGUCCUCCAGGAACCUGCACACCCACCUCUCCAGGGGUCUUGACAAGGGUCCCUGAAGCCAAGGGAGGUCAACCCUCCCUCCGGGCCCCACUUGUACUUUGUGGUUCUCUAAAAACCAUGUACACACUUUUCACUUUAUUGUAACUACACAGGGCAGGUGCAUCCAGCAUGUCAGUGUCCUGCCCCGGGCAGCUUGCCCUCCCGGGCACUCUCCCUCCCGGGCAUUCUCCCUCCCGGGCACUCCCCCUCUGGUCUGACCAUUCACCAAGAGGGCAGCUCUCAUUUUGUUACUGGUGAAAGAGCCUUGAGCUUAAAGCUCUUCAUUUUCUUUGGCUAGAAAGUGUAUGGUUUGUGUUUUGCAGUUUUACUUUUUAAAGGGAUGGACACUUAAAUCUCUGGAUAGUGUCCAUGUUCCAACCUCAGUGAGUGGGAUGGUGGCUUGAUGUCGCUCCUCUUUGUCCCACCUUCUGCCUGUUUGGUGCCCUCCCUUCUUCCCCCCAGGCAGUGGGUGUCGGGUUCUUUCCCAAAGUGCUUACUUGGAAAGAGCGCAUGCGGCUGCUGCACUCUUAGGAAUCCCCUUUCAGUUAGGAGCCUGGCAGGGAUCGAACGGAGGAUGUCUGCAGAGGUUGACGUUUGGGGAAAAGAAGUGCUCAGGUAAGGUUGUCUCCUCCUCUGACCCAAGAAUCAAGUCUUUGCAGGAGAGGGUUGGUGCCUGCUCAGUUUCUGUCAGGGAAAUGGGAGUCUCCUUGACUCCUUCCUGGGCCCUCUCCAGGGGCCCAUAGCCCAAGACUGAGGCUCCUGUGCUCAGAUCUUUGACAUCUGUAGAAGCUGACUUUGACUUUCCAUGGGUUCACGAUGGACUUGGAAGCAUCAUCUACUUCCUAAGUGUCCACUUUGUGACGGCCUCAUUGCAACCUCAGAAGAGACAAAUCAUGAAUGAUCUGGAACAUUGUACCAGUGUAUAAUCUGGACGUAGGAACAUAUACAGUUAGGGAGAGGAAGAGCUUUCAGGCCAGAUGGCAACUUUGUGGAGGACCUGGGUAACUCCUUCCUCUUGGCAGAAAUAAGUUUGCCUAUAUGGCUCUUGAGGUUGGUGGGGAGCAUUUAGCAGUGAACCUUAACCCUGGGUACGCAUCACCCUGCUGAAAGGGGCUUCUGUGGCCCUGGGCAGUCAAAUCCUGCAGCCCUUUGGUCUGAAACAGGGCGGUAGGCGUGGGAGCCAGUGGAGGAAGGCCCCUUUGUGUUGGGCAGCUCUCUACCCAGGGCCCUGGGAGCUAUGCUCCCUGUAACACAAAGGGCCGAGGAGCUUCUGGUUUUCAUGGCAAAGCUCCACCCCAGAGCUCUUUAACAUCUGCUAAUUAAGUGCAAUAAAUUUUUCUAGAAAAUGGCAAAGAUGACUUCCAGGUGGAUAUUGCUAUCUUAUGGUGUUGGGGAUGCCAGAACACCACUUGGUUUUAUUUUUCUAAGUGCAUGUGAUGUGAUAGAGUGUGUGGGGCUCUGUGUCCUCCCCUGGGAGCUGGCAUUCCAGCGGGCCCCUCUCUCUUUUACCUGUGUUGAGGGAAGGAGGCAAGAGAAAAAUCCCUUCUUCCCAGCUGGAGAGGGCAGAAGCAGACUGUAGCCCAUUGGCCUUACAUGCGUGUGUGCGUGCGAGUGUGUCACUGCUGGUGGGCCGGAGUGAUGUGGUGGGGAGGGAAGCCGGGAAUGUAUCCUUUUCAAACAAAAUUAAAUAUUUUGAGAUGAGAA